UGGUGUCAGAAAAUUUUAGCUGUGAUUUCACCCAAUAGAAUAAUUAUUAAAAACUUUGGAACCACCCACAGUUCAUGUCCUAGUCAUAUACGCCCAAAAAUGUGUUUCCAAUUUUCUUUUAAAAACUGCAUAGGUUGUCAAAGAUUUGGAAUGAUGGUACUAACUCUGUUGUGCAUUUGACGGCAGACUUAAGCAACAGUUUCCACUUUUCUGGCUCAGGGAAUGUUCAUCUUUUUCUGUUCUACGAAAUGAAGGCUCCUGUAAAAAUAUUGCUUGCUUCUAUGGCAAUAGUGCUACUUAUUCUGGCAAUAGUGACUACUGUUGUACUUGUGACAUCUGGGAGAAACCAAGAUGUUCAAAGGCCAUUUUCAUUUGAUGAUGUGUUCAGUUCUAAUUUUUACUACAAUCAAUUUAAUCUUUUGUGGAUAUCAGAAAACGAAUAUGUUCACAAAUCUGCAGAGAGAAAUGUUAUUAUUUAUAAUGUGGAAAGUGGAAAGACAACAACCCUUGUAGGCAACACUUCUUUUGAUGAAGUGAAUGCCACAAGUUAUCAACUUUCAGGUGAUCGAAAAUUUCUAUUACUGGAAAGCGACUAUAAAAAACAAUGGAGAUAUUCUUACAAUGCGUCAUAUCAUAUUUUUGAUGUUGAAAAAGGGGAGUUUUUAAAAAGAAACCGACUUCCAUCCAAUAUCCAGUACAUCUCCUGGUCACCAGUUGGCCAUAAAUUGGUGUAUAUCAUGGACAAUAAUAUUUAUUUAAAAAUUGAACCUGAAGAUUAUGCAAUCCAAUUAACCAGUAAUGGAAAAGGAAACACUAUAUUCAAUGGAAUUCCUGACUGGGUUUAUGAAGAGGAAAUGCUUGGAUCAAAGUAUGCUACUUGGUGGUCACCAAAUGCACAGUUUAUUGCAUAUGUUCAGUUUAAUGAUACAGAAGUACCAACUAUUGAAUACUCUUACUAUGGUGAAGAUCAGUAUCCAAGAACUAUUAAUAUACCCUAUCCAAAGGCUGGAGCAAAAAAUCCAACAGUGAAAGUGUUUAUAGCAAAGGUUGAUAAUCCAUCUGCAAUAAGUACAGCACAAGUGCCUGUGCCUUCACUCAUAUCUUCAAGCGAGUACUACUUUAGCUGGGUGACAUGGGUAUUGGAUGAACGAGUCUCUGUACAGUGGGUAAAAAGAAUACAGAAUGUAUCGAUGAUAUCAAUAUGCAAUUUUAUUGGAGGGUCAAACACUUGGAACUGUCCAAAGAAUCAAGAGCAUCUAGAAACAAGUGAAACGGGUUGGAUUGGUGUUUUCUUCCCUUCACUGCCAGUCUUCUCCUCUGAUAGUUUAUCAUUUUACAAAAUAUUUAGUGACCGAAAUGGUUAUAAGCACAUCCAUUAUGUAAACGAUUCUAUGGAAAACCCUAUACAAAUCACAAGUGGGCGAUGGGAAGCCAUUUACAUUUAUAUAGUUACUGAUGAAGCAAUCUAUUAUUCAAGUAAUGAAUUUGAAGGAUAUCCAGGAAGAAGGAAUCUUUAUAAAAUUGGAUUAAAGGGAAGUUUCAGAGAAAAACAAUGCAUUACGUGUAAUAUAAGGAAGGAGAGGUGCCAGUAUUAUGGUGCAAGAUUCAGCUACAGUGCCAAGUAUUAUUCACUCUAUUGUUAUGGUCCAGGUCUACCUAUCAUCACACUGCAUGAAGGAGGCACUAAUAAAGAGCUUCAGAUAUUGGAAGGAAACUACAAACUGGAGGCAAAUUUGCAUACAAUCCAGAUGCCAAAUGAAAAAAUUGGAAAAAUUGUACACAACGGAAUAAAUUUUUGGUACAAGAUGACUUUACCUCCACAUUUUGAUGAAAGGAAGAAGUAUCCCCUCCUUCUUUAUGUGUAUGGAGGACCAUCAAGUCAGGAAAUACAUCACUCAUUUUCAAUAGGCUGGAAGACAUAUCUGGCAAGUUCAGAGGAUAUUAUAGUUGCCUCAUUGGAUGGUAGAGGAACUGCUUACCAGGGUGACAAAUUUAUGCAUGCAGUACAUAAAAGGCUUGGGACACUGGAAAUUGAAGAUCAAGUAUUUGCAGUUAGGAAAUUCAUUGAAAUGGGAUUCAUUGAUGAACAGAGAAUAGCAAUAUGGGGUUGGUCUUAUGGAGGAUACGUAACAUCAAUGGCCCUCGGACUUGGGACAGGACUAUUUAAGUGUGGCAUGGCUGUGGCUCCUGUUUCCAACUGGGAAUAUUAUGCAUCUAUAUAUACGGAACGAUAUAUGGGGCUUCCAACUAAAGAUGAUAAUCUUGAAAAUUAUAAGAAUUCAACUGUGAUGGCAAGGGCAGAAAAUUUCAAGAAAGUAGAUUACCUGCUCAUUCAUGGAACAGCAGAUGAUAAUGUGCAUUUCCAACAAGCAGCUCAAAUAUCUAAAGCUUUGGUCGAGGCUCAAGUAGAUUUUCAAGCAAUGCAGAUGAGGCUCUGCCUCCCUUACCACCCCUGACUGUAUGUCCCUGCACGGGACGUGAUCACAGGUGCAGUCCUUAUCCACCACUCAUGUUUGUGAAAUACUCAAAGGGAAGGUUUUAGGAAGUAUCAAAUAUAACUGGCGUCUCAUCCAUUGACGGUUGCUCCAGGUUAGGAAGAGAGACACUAGCCCGUGCUUCAUCACAGGGUAAAAAUGUAAUUUCUGUAGGAAACCUUGUUGUGUGCCAAGUUGCUUCUUUCCCCAGCUCCAUAUGCAGAGUCUCGGAAUGUCGUAUGGGACCAUCAGAAGUUGAUAACAACAACCCUGUUAGCUUUUCAACAAUAAAGAUCUGGUUAGAUGUCAUGUUAAUAGAAGUGUUAUUAAUAAAAAGUUGCAGUGUAAUAA